AUGGUUCCGGCGGUUCUCUAUCUCACCUUGGGGUUUUUCUGCCUUCAAAAUGUAAUGAAGGUUAUUUUGUUGUCGUCUGGCCCGUUUCUCAGCAUCUGGUGUUGGGCCCCUUCCCCUCUGAACGCCCGGUCUGUGGUAUGCCAUUCUCUUGGGCCAUUCGUGGCUCAGCACGCGGUGUCUUCUUAUUUUUUCCAAGGUGUGCAUUUGUUGGUGCUGGUGGUCCUUCUGCCGUCGCACCCCUGCGGUGCCGGCGUUGCCGUCUCGACGGGCACUAUCGACGAGGGAUCGUAUGGUCAGGAGCUACUGUUCUGUGAGAGAGAGAGAGAGGGUUUGGGGGUGGGGGGGGGGGGGGUGGCGGGGACCCACGAGAGGCGCGGGGGGGGCGGGGGGGGGGGGGACCGGGGCGGGGGGGGUGACGGGGGAACCGGGGGGUGGAGGGUGGGCGGACCACGACUAGGGGGGGGGGGGGGGCGGGGGGGGGGGGGGGGGGACAGGAGACAGAGAGGGCGGGGGGGACUGGGGGGCGACCAGGGGGGGGGGGGGGAAGGGGGGGGGGGGGGGACGGGGGACCAGGAGGUGGGGGGGCGGGGGGGGGGGGGGGUGGGGGGGGUGGGGGGGGGGGGGGGGGGGACGGGGGGGACGGGGGGGGGUGGGGGGGGGGUGGGGGGGCGCCAGAGAGGGGGGGGGGGGGGGGGGGGGGGGACCAGGAGAGAGGAGAGCGGCGGGGGGCGGGACCAGAGAGGGGGGGGGACCAGAGAGCGGGCGGGGGGGGCGGGGGGGAACAGGGGGCGGGGAGACCAGACACGAGAGAGAGGGGGACCUGAGAGUGGGGGGGGGGGGGGAACCAGAGGGGGGACCAUUGGGGACCAGAGGGGGGGGACCCAGGGGGGGGGGACCUGGGAGGGGACCAGGGGGGGACCAGAGAGAGGGACCAGGGGGGGGGGGAGGGACCAGAGGGUGGGGGCGGGGGGACCAGGUGGGGGAGGGGGGGGAAACCAGUGGGGAGGGGACAGAGAGGGGGGGAGACCAGCGGGGGACCCUGAGGUAAGGGGGGGGGGGGGGGACCAGGGUGGAGGGGGGACCAGGGGGGGACGGGGACCGGGACCUGAGAGACGAGUGGGGGCUGGGACCAGGGGGGGGGAGGGGGGCGGGGGACCGUGGGGGGGGUUGGGGACGACCAGAGAGGGGGCGGGGGACCAAGAGAGAGGAGAUAGAGGAGGGGGGGACGGGGGGGACCAGAGGGGGGGGUACCGGGAACCAGAGACGGGGACGGGAGGGGGGGGUGGGGGCGACCAGACGAGGAGACGAGAGGAGGAGAGGGGGGACGCCAGUGGGGGGGGGGACCAGCCGAGAGGGGAGAGGAGGAGGGGAGGGAUGCCAGAGGGCUAUGGUCGGAUGCGUAGUAAUUGUAUGGUCAGGAGGAUUACUGUACUGUUGAGGGAGGGGGGGGGGAGAGACGGGACGAGAGGGAGGGAGGGGGAACCCAGGCGUGAAGUGGGAGAGUAG